AAAAAAUAGAGACCGGUGAUGUUCCCAGUAUCAAAGUUCACCCUGACAUCUGUUUGGUAUAGUGAUUGAUCUUUAUGUCUUUGUUUGAGUAUACACAAGCAAAGGAGGGGAUACAAGCCUCUAUAUUCAUUGUCUACGAAGCACUUCGAUUGGUGAGAAUAAAUUACCAAACUGAGCACGCGCAUUAUUAAAAUCGCGCCAAACAAAAAUGCUAAACAUACCAUUCUAAUAAACCUGACAAAACGAUUAAGCGAUAAAGAAGAAAACGAUGGUGUAAUCGACCAAUCAAAUGAUUCUAUUUAUUAAAAAGUCGGUCAGCCAAGCAACAGUCAACUCCAGCCAGAGCCUUAUUAAUGGGAUCAGAAAGCUAUAAGCUUAAGCAAAGAUCUCGUCUCACUAUACUACACCCAUGCAUUUGUCAAUCCUUCAUUUGAAACAAUCCGAACCUUCAUGUUCCGAACCGUGUUAGGAAAUCUGAAUCAGGAAAAAUGUGCUCGAAAUAAUUUGUGCAUCAUGUUAAAUAGCAAAUCUUGCUUUAAUAUGUGCGAAAUAUAUUAAUUGAUUUUAGUUUGUGUGCUCUAAAAUACUUCCACAAUGUUUGUCGAAAAGACAUCGGCAAGGAAUGGAGAAAUAUAAUUAUAGGCAUUAAAUAGAGGACCUCGGUUGAAUCGCGCCAUGGCGAAUCUAGUGGGCGUCACAGAUGACGAUACGGAAAUAUCCCUUAAGAGUUAUCUGACUAAGUAUAGUUGUGUUCAUACAAGAGUGAAAUCUUAUUCUUGUAGUAUAUAUAACAAGAGUUUUCCACAAGGAAUUCAUCUGACUAUACACCUUCCUGUUCACAUUGGUGAGGAACGUUUUUCCUGUCGUAUAUGUUAUAAGACUUUUCCCCAUAGAAGUAAUCUGACUAGUGACUACACACGGUUAUGUUCAUACUGCUGAGAAACCUUACUCUUGUAGUUCAUGUAAUAAAAGUUUUUCUCGAAAAAGUAAUCUAACUAAACACAAUUGUGUUCACACUGGUGAGAAACCUAAUUCUAAUAUAUAAUAAGAGUUUUUUCAUGCAAAAGUCAUCUGACUAAGAAGAGUUGUGUUCACACUGUUGAGAUACCUUAUUCUUGCUGUUUAUGUAAUAUGAGUUUUUCACUACAAAGUCAUCUAACUGAACAGGUUCUUGCUCACAUUAGUGAGAAACCUUAUUCUUGUAGUAUAUGCAACAAGAGUUUUUCGCAAAACAGUUAUCUAAUUGAACACAGUCGUGUUCACUCUGGUGAGAAACCUUAUUCUUGUAGUAUAUGCAACAAGAGUUUUUCACAAAGAAAUCAUGUGACUAAACACAAUCGUGUUCACACUGGUGAGAAACCUUAUUCUUGUAGUAUAUGCAACAGGAGGUUUUCGCUUAAAAGUCAUCUGACUAAUCACAGUCGUGUUCACACUGGUGAGAAACCUUAUUCUUGUAGUAUAUGCAACAAGAGUUAUUCGCAAAGCAGUCAUCUAAUUGAACACAGUCGUGUUCACUCUGGUGAGAAACCUUAUUCUUGUAGUAUAUGCAACAAGAGUUUUUCACAAAGAAAUCAUGUGACUAAACACAGUCGUGUUCACACUGGUGAGAAACCUUAUUCUUGUAGUAUAUGCAACAAGAGGUUUUUGCUUAAAAGUCAUCUGACUGAUCACUUUCGUGUUCACACUGGUGAGAAACCUUAUUCUUGUAGUAUAUGCAACAAAAGUUUUUCUAAAAAAAGUCAUCUAACUGAACACAGUCGUGUACAUACUGGUGAGAAACCUUAUUCUUGUAGUAUAUGCAACAAGAGUUAUUUGAAAAAAUGUCAUCUGACUGAUCACAGUCGUGUUCACACUGGUGAGAAACCUUAUUCUUGUAGUAUAUGCAACAAGAGUUUUUCGCAAAGAAUUAAUCUGAAUAAUCACAGUCGUGUUCACUCUGGUGAGAAACCUUAUUCUUGUAGUAUAUGCAAUAAGAGUUUUUCGCAAAAAAGUAAUCUGACUAAACACAGUCAUGUUCACACUGGUUAGAAACAUGGGUUUUUCAGAGUUUUUCAUGCAAAAGUUAUCUGACUAAGCACAGCAUUGUUCAUACUAGUGAGAAACCUGAUUCUUGUAGUUAAUUCUGAACCCCGUAUUCACCGUUGACACUGACCUUGCGCGAAACCCCGGUUUCGAAAUGUUGACCACGAUUCAAAAAUUGUAUUUUUCAUUCUUUUUGGAGACUCUGUUUCUUAACUGGGGGUUUCUUAACUCACUGUUAACUUGCACUCCGUGUUGGAUUUACAGCUUUAUUAACUGUGAUUGCUUUCAAUUUUCUCUGCUAUUUUUAAGUCAAUUUUUCUAUGAAAGAAUUAAAAUUAGAAUAGAUUGCAUUGAGUAAUUAAAUUUGAAUCACUCUUUUACUGGACAAAUGAAAAAGAUGUUAAGUUUCGUUUAUCUAACUGAGUUGCAUAAAUGAGCAAAAGGAACUAAGUAUUAUAAUUAUGAAUUUAGAUAUUUUAUUAUUAUGGAUAUUACAAAGCUGCACACAAACAUAGAAAUAUUACUAAAAUUCAAUUAAAAAUACUUUUAUUUUAAACAAUUUUCAAGAGGAUUAUGCUACAUCAUUCCUAUGCUUAUUCAAAUUUUUAAUAGUUAACAUAUUAUUAAUAACAUAACUUAUUAUCAAUAACUUAAACCAUUGAGAAAAAUUUUCCUUUUUUCUAAAAACUUAAAAUGAAAUUGUAUGAAAUAAACUUCUCAUCUCAGAUAAGCAUAAAUCAAUACAUUCCUAUUGUUCAAAAUAAGCUAGAAAUGAUUAUUAUUAUACUGCCUCUGCCGAAGAUGGAGAAAAUUACCGUCAGAGAUAUGAUGAAUAAUAUAACAAUUAUUUUAAAAGCAAAUGUCAUAAUAUGAACAAAUAUUCCAAAACUUUUAAAAAAAUCAUCAAUUUAAAAGUUUUAUUAUUUAAAUAAUUGUAAAUAAUAAUAUAUCAGUUGUAUAUGCACCAGAUGUCAUAAAGUAGACACGCCUUAUUUUUAAAAAAAUGUUAAUUAAAGAUGGCAUUUUAACUUCAUAUAAUAUUAAGCAAUCAAUCUCUCCCAAAUGAUUCUAUUCUUUCCAAAUACUCAGCUGAUUGUUUGAUAGUUAUAAAAUUCUAAAUGGUUAUUAAAGUUAUUUGAUGCAGAUUAUUGUGUAGUUAAAAUGUUACCUCACAUCAAGAUUUGUAUUGAUUACGUAAUAUUUAUUUCGGCAUAAUUUUUAGUGAUGUAACGAAUAAUGAUGGGGCCGAAUAGUCGAAUACCGAAUAUUCGGUGACCGAAUAGUCGAAUACCGAAUAUUCGGUGGCCGAAUACUUACUUUUUAAAAAUUUCUCUUCUGAUUGUACUUUUGUAAUUAAAGUAAUUUUCAAAUUUUAAAUUAAAAAUGAAAUAAAUAUUAACAAAAUUCCUUUUUUGAUCAUUGUAUAUUUAAAAAUUUUUUAACAACUUGAUUUAUUUUUUGUAAUAAUUUAAAUAUCUUGAUGCCAAUACCAAGGCAAUAUGGCUUUUAUAAAUCUAAAUAAUUAAUAAUAGCAUAUUUUAGUUAUAGUUAUACUUGUAAUUUACAUGCUAUUUUAUUUAAAAUAACUCAUUACUACUGUUAAAUGUAUUCUUAACUUUCUUUUUUGUCCGAAAAAUUAGUAAAACCCAGAAAAUUAAGAACUUCUUAAAGAGUUUCACUUUUGAAAUUUUAAUUUUGUAAUUAAAUAAUUUUCAAAUCUUAAAUUAAAAGUGAAUUAAAUAUUAACAAAUUUGCUUUUUUAAACUUUCUAUAUUUUAAAAAAAACUUAACAACUUGAUGUAUUUUUUGUAAUAUUUUAAAUAUCUAAAUAAUGAUCUAAAAUAUCUAAUAUGAGUAAAUGUUAGAUUUUCUAAUAAUUAAUGCAGUGGAAUGUAACUCGGCAAUAUUCGUGAUUAAAUAUAUUUAAAAGCACAUUUAAAAAAAUAUCUUCCUUUAUUAUUAUGAAUUUAUUCAGCCAAAUAUCUAAUAAUAUUCAUAUUCAGCCGAAUAACCUCAGUAUUCGGCUAGGCCGAAUAUUCGUUACAUCCCUUAUUAAUUUUUAUUAUAUAUUUUAAAUAAUGUUAUUGUUAUAUAUUAAAAAUAAAGUAAAAUAAUGUUUUUAAUUUUAUUAAUAGUUUUGUUUUAUGUAUAAAAAAUUUUAAAAUGUCAUUCGCUAUCUUCAUAUCUAAAUAUUGCAAAUUAUUUUGCCUGUUCUUCUCUAUACUAUAUUUUAUUUUUGGGCAAGAUCUAUCAUCUGAAUGUACAUCAUUCGGAUCUAUAAUAAUUUUAUGAAUUGUAUUCUCUUUCAAAUUUUAUAUUUCUUUGAAGCAUCGGUUGUUGUUUUUUUCAUUGAAAAGAAAUAAAUAAAAGCUAAUUAAAUUAUUUA